AUGAACCAGAGACGUGGAUUUCUUGUGGAGUGGGUGGACAUCAGCUCGUCCGUCUCCUCUGACUCUUCUUGGACAUCUUUUGACCUCAGCACUGACCUGACAUCGCUCAGCUCAGACCAUGUCCUGACCCCUGUGACAGCUCCGAGCAGCAAUAAGUUUUCGGAGGAGCAGCAUCCAAAGAAGUUCUCCUCAUUUAAGUUGUCAACUAAAGCCCAGAUCCGAGAAUUCGAAUGGAGGGAGACGUCUUUUCUUGGAAAUGAUGAAGCUCUGUGGCUGGAGCACGUGGACAUGUUUGGUUUCUCUAAGAUGGCAAAGCUGUCUGGUCAUAGGAAUAAAACAUCUGGCUGGCCACCCCCUGGCCCAGGUUCAUGGGGAGGACUGCAGGGGCCCCCAUACAGUUGGGACAGCAUGAACAACACCAGAGAUGGACGGGACUUCCUCACCAACCAAGGGUCCCAGAACAGCUCAUUGGAGGAGGUCCACCAGGACGGCUUCCCCCCUGCCCCUCGUCUGGUGGAGAUGCGACGGGACCCGGUUCUGGGCUUCGGUUUCGUGGCAGGCAGUGAGAAACCGGUGGUGGUUCGCUCUGUCACACCAGGUGGUCCAUCAGAGGGGAAGCUCCUGCCAGGCGAUGAGAUCAUCAUGAUCAACGAUGAACCGGUCAGCUCGGCUCCUCGAGAGCGAGUUAUCGAUCUCGUUAGGAGCUGCAAAGAAUCCAUCACGCUGACUGUUAUUCAGCCGUAUCCCUCCCCUAAAUCAGCGUUCAUCAGUGCAGCCAAAAAAGCCAUGCUGAAGUCCAAUCCGGUCAAAGUGCGCUUUGCUGAGGAGGUCAUUAUAAACGGCCAGGUUCCAAACCCGGUGAAGGACAACUCUCUUCUGUUCAUGCCAAAUGUCCUGAAGGUCUACCUGGAGAAUGGGCAGACAAAGUCUUUUCGCUUCGACAGCAGUACCUCUAUGAAGGAAGUAAUUCUGACCCUACAAGAGAAGCUUUCAAUCAGAAGCAUCGAGCACUUCUCUCUGGCCUUGGAGCAGAGGACUGAAGGCUCUGGAAGCAAACUGCUUCUUCUGCAUGAACAGGAGAUGCUUACUCAGGUGACCCAGAGGCCUGGCUCUGACAAGAUGAAGUGUUUUUUUAGACUCAGCUUCAUGCCCAGGGACCCAGUCGAGCUGCUCCGGAGAGAUGCUGUGGCCUUUGAAUACCUCUAUGUUCAGAGUUGUAAUGACGUGGUUUUAGAACGAUUCGGCCCGGAGCUGAAGUAUGACGCUGCACUUCGACUGGCUGCUCUGCAGAUGUACAUCCUCUCCAUGACAACCAGGCAGAGCCAGAAGGUCUCCCUUAAAUAUAUCCAAAAGGAGUGGGGUCUGUCACUGUUCCUGCCUCCAACUGUGCUUUCCAGCAUGAAGGAGAAAAACAUCAAGAAGGCUCUGACACACAUCCUAAAAACCAACCAGAACCUCGUGCCUCCAGGGAAAAAACUGACUGCUUUGCAGGCCAAGGUGCAUUACCUGAGGUACCUCAGUGAACUCAAACUGUAUGGAGGAAGGGAAUUCAGAUCGAUACUUUUGCAAGGUGAGAAACAGACGGACGUGACACUCCUAGUGGGUCCACGAUAUGGAAUCAGUCACGUUAUCAACGCUCGGACCAACCUGGUCGCCCUGUUGGCAGACUUCAGUCAUGUUAACCGCAUCGAGAUCCUGACUGAGGAUGAGACAAAUGUCCGACUGGAGCUUCAUGUUCUGGAUGUCAGGCCUAUCACACUGAUCAUGGAGUCAAGUGAUGCAAUGAACCUUGCUUGUCUCACAGCAGGUUACUAUCGCCUCCUAGUGGACUCAAGGAGAUCUAUUUUCAAUAUGGCCCAUUGUAAUAGCACAGGAGGGGAUGUCGCUGGUCAGGAUCGUGUCCUCGAAUGGCCGUACAGCACAUCUUUAGGGGAUGGUGAGGAGCAAUCCCAUGGACAAGGCUACAACAGGGAGUACCCAGACAAUGGGGAGAGGGAAAACAGCAUUUCUCCUUAUUGCCAAGAACCCACAAAUCCUGAUAGCAACUUUAGGGCACAAGGAAGUCCCGUGCCCCCUCCUCUUCCCCCUGCCAGACACAAAACUCAGGACUCACCUCGAAAUGCCAAAGUGUCAUUUAUAUUUGGAGGAAAUCCACCAUUGAAUAGACCUAAGAAAUUAGACUACGAAAGAUUGUCAGAGAGUCCGGAGCUGUCAGAGAGCAGACCGCCCUACUUGCACAACAACACAGACUUUGAGCAGCAAGACAGAGUGCCAUUCCAGUUAAGUGGUCUCACGCAUGUUUACAGCAACAUUAUAACCGAGGAAGGGGGCGAGGAGCCAGUUCUAAGAGAUCUCUUUUAUCGUGACACUACUGAUGAUGCAGAAGAUGAUGACGAUGCUUCAUGUGAGGAGGACUCCACUGGGGGGACUCCAAUGAGUGAAAGCAGACACGGAGAUGUAGACUGUACCAACCAGAGUGGAGGGUUGCCAACUGCUGCCAGCAAAGCUACUUUUCUUAAGCUUUCGGGUUCUACAGAUGACAUCAUCGACCUGACGGAGCUGCCCCCUCCCGAGGGGGAUGACGGUGUUGACGAAGAUGAGGAUGACACGCUGCUGCAGACGCUCAACCUCGCCAUCGCAGCUCCGCCUCCAGGCUUUCGGGAUAGUUCGGAUGAGGACACCGCCCCUGAGGGAAGGCCACUGAGCACAUGUGAUAAUGACGAUAUACCAGUAUCAAUGAUUGAUGCUAUUUCAGCACAAGGGGAGGAGGGAGGGAGCAGAGAAGGGGAAACACGGUUGGACAAUGCAGUCAUGAAUACUCUACAAGCACUGGAGAAUCUGUCAGUGUCGGAACAGCGACCUCCUCCACCGCCACCCAGUAGAAACCACCCAGGUGUGUACACAUCUCAUGGCUUCAGCCCAGAGUCAUCCUCAGACUCUGGCAAUGAGACAAACUCCUCAGAAAUGACAGAAAUCUCUGAAUUAGCUGCUACUCACAGGCUCAGCGAGAGCCACAUGCGACUUUUGGUGGCCACAAGGGAAGGAUACCAACCUCUACUUGAGGAGAAAACUGAAUUUCCUGUCUCACCAAAUACACAAAGUACAGGAGAAAGGAAACAUCGUAGCCCAACACGGCAUCUUCAACCUCCUGCAGUUCCCCCGAGACGGAGUCCGCAGUUAGACACAGCCUCAUCGGGACCAGACAGACUGGAGGUGAGGUCCCAGACUAAUCUGUCUGCCACCCUCCAGCGUCCAAGUUCCACCACACCAGGAGGCAAGCACCAUAAAAAAUCAGCAGACUCCAGUGGGAAGUACAACACCUUCAGCACAAGGGAAGGCAGCAGAAGGCGAAGCUGUCUUGACAUAGAACAGCGCACUUCAUUCUGUGAACAAGACGAAAGUAAAAGAAGACAAAACUCUUUUGUCGCUGAAAAUUCUAUAACUGAGGAUAUUGGAGUAAACAGCCUGCCUGACUGUCGCAGAAACACCCGCCCCUCCUCUACUGUUUCUGACCGCUUCCUAGAUAUUGUCAGCUUGGGUAACGGUGCUGCAGAUAAUGGAGCUGCAGGUGCUGAGCAAGAUGAACAUCUAGUCGUAGCAUCUUUGCUUUCUCCGUCCAAAAAAUCCAGAGCUGGGGGAUCUGACCAGGGCUCAGACAUACAAAGUGACCACCUGACAAUUUCAAGACAGCAGAGUGUUGCACGGUUGUGUGAGUACCAUCUGGCUAAAAGAAUCUCAAAUUUGCAAGGUGAAACCCACAGUUCGCUGCAGGGUUCUCUUUGCUCAUCUCUGGACGCCGGUGGCAGCACCAACAGCAGCACCUGUGCUACACCAACCGACUCUCCUCUUGGCCCUGGUGCUGUUGAACCCAAACACCACCAUCUGCAAAGGCACCCACUAUCUAGUUCCUCCUCAUCACUGCUUAGAGUGCUAAACUGUGAGGAGAACCAGCCCGGUGUCUCUUUAGGUAUUCCUGGCCAGACCACUCAGGGGAAAGACCUCCAUCCUCAUGCAGAUCCCAUGCUUCUUCGGAAAAUGUUGCCUAACAUGCACCCCCCUCUUUCUGGGAAAGAGUCAGGCAGACCCUCAUCAGCUACACCACCUAAGCAUAAAGAGGCUACAGCUAUUGGAAGUAAAAAGUCCCUCAAUGACAUGCAUUCUAAGCAGCAAGCGUGUUUGAAGGGGCUUAACUCAAAGGAAGGCAGUGAAGCCUACAGACAUUUGAUUAACUACCUAACAGUCAGCCAGAUGCAUCAGGGGGGGAAGCUGCAGAGUGCAGGUAUGGGUGGGACACUGAAAAAGGACACCAGGCGAUUUAUAACAAGCAACCCUCAACUUUUUGAAAUGGUCAAGAACAGGGGAAACAAUAUUGGCCGCUGUCCAUGUAUGCCUUCUUCCAUAUCGUCCCCAUUUCUCAGCCCAAACUUGGCUCCAUCUCAAGCUGCCCCAUUGCAGGUUGCAAAUAAAAAUCCACAGUAUUACCAUUCUGCCACUCUCCCUGCCAAACUCAAAAGAAGCCCUGAUAUGCACGCUGAAAGACCGAACAGCAGUUUAGAUUUCAGUCAAUCUAUUGCAGGGAGGAGGAGCUCCUUUUCUGGCCUGGAGAGUGAGUUCAUAAGGAACGGUAUGGAUCCAGAUCAACUUCUCUCUCUCUGUAGAAGAGAGGACUGCAUUAAUCGGGAGGGUGGAAUUAAUCCAAACAGAAAUCGUGAUGGAGGUGCUGAUAACCGCCCUCCCCCGCGCUCAAGGAGCCAACCAAGUUGCAGCACUGACGACUGGUUCAAAUCAGAUCCAAGGGCAAAACAUGCUGCCCGUCAGUCUUAUCCCCGACAGAAUGACUCUCUUUGCUUGUCUGCUGCUCCAAAUUUGAGUGCCCAGUGUGCUGACCACAGCACUGUCUCAAUAGGAAGGGGAGACCAUCCAUCAGCUUUUAUCAGACAGGCACCUAGCAGCACUAGAGCUUGUAUUAUGUCUCCUACGCCCAAGCCACAACCUCCACCACCUCCUCCUUUAUCUUUACCCACGCAGUCCACCCUUAUCUCCAGCAACUCAGGAUGCCCACAAGAUUCUAUCCAUUCUAUCCAGUCUCGGCAGAAUCUGAACCACAUGAAUGCAGUCACUCCAACCCUGUCAACGACAGACCCCCUCAGAUGUAGCAUGCAACGUGGCAGGGAGCUGAAGCGUAGCUCCAGCAAUGUGACCACCGGUUCAGGAAGUGCAGAAGUUCUGUUUGAUAAGCCCACACGAAGCCGGAGCCAGCAGCCCAUGUCACCGCCUGGGUCCCAUCAAGGUGACUCAAAAGUCCAACGUAGACCAACAAAGAAACGUCUGUCCAAGAGCUACUCCCAAGGCUCUGUAUUCUCCCACACCAGCUGCUGGUCCACAGGCAGUGGGGUAGACAGCAGACGAGCAUCUGUUGCUUUUCCGUUACAAAAAGACUCGAAACACAUGAAGGGCUCUCAGAAACUGGACACCAGUCCCUGGAGAUGCAACGGCCCCUUUAGCUACUGUUUUUUUAAGCGUCAGAAUGAAGGAGAUGAGGAUGAAAUUGAAUGGGAGAGGCCAAGAGGAAGACAUGGCGCAGGCAGUAUGGACAGUAACAAUGCCGCUGCAUCAUUCAUAUCUCCAUGCAGCUCAACAGUGGAUGCUUCAGGGGAGCAGCUGUAUGGAGAGGUCCUCAAUAACAUGAGUUUUAGUGAUCGUCUGUCACGAAUCAAUGCUCUCAAAGACCGCAUGUACAGUUUCCCCUCUGGGUUUACAGAUGUCCGCCGUGAUGCCAGUGAGCUCAUCGCGUUAGUGAGAUCCAGCGUGGGCAGAUGUGAUCGUGGAGUUCAGAUGCCUCUCCAGGACGUCUCCCAGUACAAACAACUCCUGUCUGUUGAGUCGAAGGAGUUAGGCCGGGCAUGUCGCAGGAUGGCACAAGCCCACAGUAGUCCAGAUGAAAUGCUGCUAGCGAUAACAUGUAGCUUUCAGGUGCUAUGCUGCCUCUGCGAAGCUUGUAUGUGUCUGGUCAGGUGUCUUGGAACCUCUGCUGCACACCAGCAAAGAGAGGUAGUGGCAAAGGUUGACGAGGUUGUUAUGAACUAUAUCUGCUUGCUCAAAGCAGCAGAGGCUGCCACCAUAGGGGCACCAGGGGAGCACAGCGUGAAAGCCCUGGUCCGCCACUCCAGUACCAUGUCGGCCAUUGCUAAUGCACUCACCCGCUCCCUUAAAACGCUGCUAAGCAAGUAGAGGCUAUUCUUAAUGCUUUAUAGUGUGGCCUAUACAGUCAGUGGAAGUCUAUCUUCAAGCAUCUUGCUGUUGAGGUGUCUAGAAAAGUUGCAUAUUUUUCUUAAUGUGUCUGCGCGUUAUUUAUGUCAAAACUUUCAAAGAAGUGCAAGACUUGUUGAGGUUACAAUUAACAUUAAAGUUGCAUUAGUUUUGAACAGAUUAGUAAGAUGCUUAAAGAAUAUCAUCUGACUGCACUUGCUUUUCUGAUGACAUCGUUGUAAUGUAUAUUCACAAAGCCAUACUCUCACAAUCCUUUGUAAUAUAUGUACCUAAUAGAUUAUUAUAUCCUUUUACCUGUGCUUUAUGUAACUUAUUUAAUGUGUAUAUAAUGCAUAGAGAUAUCAUAAAACUAUAUUAUUUGCAGUUUAAAGAAGCCCUGAAACACAGAGCAGGGCUUGGUGAAUUAAUUUGCCAUUUUAUUCUUGAGGAACAGUUUUAAACAGAUAUGAUACACUUAUUGUUGUAAAAGAAUUAUUGUAGAGUUACAAGUAAAACUGUGUCACUGGCAGCAUAGUAAAAACUGUCACAUCAAAUUAACUUGUUGAUAAUCAGCCGUAUUUCUAAAAUUAAAAUUGAAUUAAACCUAAGUUUACCUGCAAAGCAAUUUUGUUUAUUUGGAAGACAACAGAAAUAUUUGCUAAAUGUGUGGAAAAUACAAGGAUGCUGUCAUCACAAAUGGGCUUAUGACUUUGUAGUUGUAAUAUUUAACUGGAAUACUUUCUGAAAACAGUAAUAAGUAGAGAGUAAUAAUUUUCACAAAAAUAGCAUACACAACAUUGUAUUAUUGAAAUAUCUAGUGUUUAAAAAUGGAAAGAAUUAUUCCAUAUUCACCAAUGUAUUAAUUAGAUCAAAUUCUUAGAAUAUUUUUUUGUAAUACUCUGUUUUGGGAUAUGUUUUGUGCUUUAUUAAUUUAUUAUUCAACACAGUGUAUCAUGAUGCAG